GGAGACAUUGUGUCCACUCCCUCUGCGCACGCUCGACCUCAAAGGCAGCCUGAGGCACGGGGCCCGAGAGGGCGUGGCUUGGGCCCGAGCCGCGAGCCGUAGGCGGGGCUAUAGGCGUGGCCACGGGGGGGGCGGCGCUGCCGGCGCGGCCCGGAACACGCUAGUGGAGCGGAAGAUGGCGGCGGCAGCGGUGGCUGCAGCCUGGACCCCAGUCGGGCUGAGGCGGAGGAGCCGCCGGCUCUGACCUCGCUCUGGCUCCGGUGCGCGCGGCGCAGCGUGUGCGAGGCCCCGCGCGUCGGGCAGGGGCGGCGCCGGCGGCUGUGCGCCGCCCUGAGGAGCGCUCCGGCAGCGGCGCUGCUGCGGCUGAAGAGAGAGCCGGCUCCGGGCCUCCGCGUCCUCCUGCUCCCCGGGCCCCCCGCCUCCUCGGGGGGGCGGCGGCGGCGAUGUUCUCGGUCCUCUCGUACGGGCGGCUGGUGGCCCGCGCCGUCCUCGGCGGCCUCUCGCAGACCGACCCCAGGGCCGGUGGCGGCGGCGGCGGUGACUACGGGCUGGUGACGGCCGGCUGCGGCUUCGGCAAAGACUUCCGUAAGGGCCUUCUCAAGAAGGGCGCGUGCUACGGGGACGACGCGUGCUUCGUGGCCCGGCACCGCUCGGCAGACGUGCUCGGGGUUGCAGAUGGUGUAGGAGGAUGGAGAGACUAUGGAGUUGAUCCAUCUCAGUUCUCAGGGACUUUAAUGCGGACAUGUGAACGGUUAGUAAAAGAAGGACGGUUCGUCCCAAGUAAUCCCAUUGGAAUCCUCACCACGAGCUACUGUGAGUUGCUGCAAAAUAAAGUACCCUUGCUUGGUAGCAGUACUGCCUGCAUUGUGGUGCUGGACAGAACUAGCCACCGCUUACACACAGCAAACCUGGGCGAUUCGGGCUUCCUGGUUGUCAGGGGUGGUGAAGUUGUGCACCGAUCAGAUGAGCAGCAGCAUUACUUCAACACUCCAUUCCAGCUCUCAAUUGCACCACCUGAAGCCGAGGGAGUCGUCCUGAGUGACAGCCCGGAUGCUGCUGAUAGCACGUCUUUUGAUGUCCAGUUAGGAGACAUUAUCCUGACGGCAACAGAUGGACUUUUUGACAACAUGCCUGAUUAUAUGAUCCUUCAGGAGCUAAAAAAGUUAAAGAUGAGGAGGUUGAAGCAGCAAGGAUAAGGGUAUGGAUCAAGAUCACACAGCUAAACAAGAAUCUUUCAUCAUGAUAUAAAAUUCUAAAGGUAUUUUCAAUAGGACACCUGGCAGCUCUUACUUGGAGAGCAAACUGUGUGGUUGGCCAGGGUCGCAUUCCUAAGCAAGGAAACUUUUGAGGUCCUCCCUGAAGUGCUAUCAAAAUCCACCUUUUCAGUCCUGUCCAGUUUUAGCAAGAAUACCUUAAGAAUUCCAAAUGGGAAAAAAAGCAGAAACGGAAAUCCAACCUUCAGGGCCCAAGGCCACCUGAGCAAAGAAUGACAUCUGACUGACAUCUUGUGCAGGCAGCACUGGUGGCCUUGUUCAUUUUACUGAAGGUGUAAUGUUUUAAUGUCUUCUCUAGAGUAAAAACUGAAAUGCUGGAAACUGUGGCUAGAUAAAUGUUACUGUCUCAAAAAGUGGUAUUUACAAAAAGCGUAUGUACUUGUGUGCAGAAAUCCUACGAGGCAUUGUGUAAAAAUAACUCCCUCAUCCUU